AUGGAGUUCUUCGUCGCGGCGGCGACGGAUGAGUCGGUCAAGGUGGCUGCUGCUGGUGUCAAUGGGCACUCGCCCACCUGGACGAAUCGGAUGGAGUUCAUGUGGCAGAUGCGUCGGGAUUGGGGCGAGUUUGUUGCGUCUGGGCUGCUCGCGCCGCCGAAGUUGAGCGAGGUUUGGUUCGAGGCGGCGCAGAGGGAGAUUUGUCGGCGGGGGGCUAUUCCCCAUGAGGGUGAGGUGGUGGUGCCUGUUUUGCAUGGGGUGGGCGUUGCUUUGAGAUGUGAGUUUUGUGAGUGA